AAGUCUUCCGUGCUGGUGCUCCGUGCUGGCGGAGUUCGAUAUCUGGCGACAUGUUUUAACGUCUCUUUCUGACAAGAGCACCAAACAAUGUACGAGGCGUUACAUACUCCUGGCAUAGCGUCCUCGUUCUAAUCACUGUCGGAGAGCGUGGAGGUGUUCUUACACCGGUGAACACGGAGUUCUCCACCCUCACUGAACAUCCCGUCUGAGAGAUCGAUAUCGCCCGAUCAAAGACUUGAGUCCGUUACCCAGCAUCGUUCGACAUCCAGGCUACACGGUUAGACCCAUAAAGACAUCCAUCUCACCGCCGCUAAAUUAAUAUUUCAUGAACUGCAUCAAAGUGAUGGAUUGAUUAAAGAAUACGGUAACGCGAAAUAUAAGCCUCCUAGAAUAAUAGGGCAACCCUGAAUGAAUCCAUCCAACGAUAUUUGGACACGAGGAGUCCCUGGGGACAGUCGCCAUGCGGUAUGAGGUGUUACAGCCGCUUCGUCAAUACAGCUGACUACUUUACCCGAACCGGCAGCGACACCACCGCCCAUUCAGCGCCCAGGGAAGCUCUGUGAAAUCACCCAUUACAGCAAAAACUACAAUCAAACUUUUACUCUUUUUCCAUUGUGGACUGUGAGCUUAUUGGUUCGUUGGUAAGUAGGUUUGUCUUCAGAGGAAGAGUGCUAUUCAUAUGAACAGUUGUUACCUCUCGGCGUUCCUGGUCGUUUUUCUCUGGAACUGUCCCCGCAAGUCACGGGGUGCUCUGUGCCGUCACUGACCACUGUCUUGUAAACCAUAGGAUCGAAAGUGCGGGAAUAGGCCAGUGGAAACCUGUAUUUAUUCAGUAAAAGGUUCUAACGUUGGUCAAACACUGGAGGCAGCGUCGCCCGCCCGCCGCAUCACGUCCCCUCCGAGCAGUCUGACCCAGGACAAUCCACGACCACAAGGGACUUUCGAUUUCUCGGUGGGUAUAAGUGAUGGCAAUGAUAACCUCUCUCACUGAAUCCGCCGUGUACCAGCCGAGCAGCUCCGAGAGCGGAGACGACUGGACUCCCCUGCCCUCACGGAUGGCUGGAGGUUCCAGCUAUCUCGGAUGAGCUCUAUGUGCAUCGAUCCCUAUCGGAAGCUUGUGUAGUCGCCGGCGGGAGAUCGCGAAGACUGCUAUAAACACGCUUCUGUUUGCCAGCCAACUCGCAGUGGUGACAGACGAAGGCAGAGCAACCUGCUGCUGCAGCAGAGACCGUUGUGUGUCGCGUUGUCUGCCAGUUCCUGGAGUGUUCGGUGUAAAAAUACAGGAUACCGUAUCUACACACACGACAGUGAAGUCAGUGCCAUCCGCUUGAUGCAAGGGGAUACCUCUUUGAAUGUAACUAUUGGCUGCCGAACCAGUGCAUGUGUGUUCAGGUAGCCCGGUGUGGGUCUCCCGUCUAUGCAAUGCACGAAGAUGUUGGAAGUUUGGAAAAUUCCCCGUCGUUUUGUCUCCCUGCUGCCAACAGCCCAAGUAGUGUUGCUGUUGCUGUUGCUGUCAUCGCAGUCUCAGUCAGUGAGGCCCACAGAAGGAGAAAACGCCGUAGACGACCCUGCAGUUCCAUCCAGGGAGAGCGUAGAAGGCCAGCUACAGAACAGCAGUGGGGUGCCAGAUGAGAACAAUAUACAAGAACGUAGUGUACAGCCGCCGCCUCUCAAACUACCACCGAAGCAGGCGAUAUCGACUGAGAAAAUCCUCAUUAAAAAGUUAUUGGAGCGCUACGAACGUCAGGGACGAGUGGGUCGCCCUGUGAUACACACCAACGACAACCUCACGGUGUACUUUGGCCUUUCCCUGAUACAGAUUCUAGACGUAGACGAAACAAACCAAGUACUGAAAACAAAUAUAUGGUAUCACUAUAAAUGGACGGACGUCUUGUUAUCGUGGAACCGAACAGAGCACGAUGACAUCGAUAACGUCCGGGUUCCCUCAAAGAAGAUCUGGCUCCCUGACAUACUGCUGUACAACUUUGCUGACGACCGGCUCCAGGAACAGAGAGACGCGCUGGUUGUGGUGUAUGAUUCUGGCGAACUGUUGUGGAUGCCUCAAGCAAUUCUGCGGAGUUCCUGCCUAUUUGACACUUUGUAUUUCCCGUUUGACUCCCAACAAUGUAGCCUUAAGUUCGGUUCGUGGACGUACAAUGGGGCGAAACUGAACAUAGACUUUGUGGCGGAACACGACAUGGACGUGAGUGACUUCGUGCCCAGCAACGAGUGGGACAUCGUGGAGAACAAGGCUGUACGCAACGUGAAGUAUUACACCUGCUGCCCCGAGCCGUACCCGGACUUGACAUUCAGUCUCAAACUCAAACGGAAGGUAGCGUUCUACACGUUCAUCCUGGUCCUGCCCUGUGCCCUGCUCUCCCUCCUGACUCUCGUCAUCUUCUGGGUGCCGCCUGAAUCUCCGGCCAAGCUUCAGCUGGGAAUGAGUAUCUUUGUAGCCUUCUUCUUCCUGCUGUUGGUCUUAGCAGAGUCCACCCCACGUGCAGCUGCAUCAGUACCACUCAUAGGCGCCUAUUUUUGUCUGAGCAUGGUGUUGAUCACGGUGUCGACGGUCCUCGCCUGUAUCGUCGCUAACAUGUUCUUCAGGGGGGUCCGUAUCAACCGCGCUCCCAAGUGGCUUAGAUCUUGCACGAUAAGAGGUAUCGCCACGCUACUGUGUUUGCGGGAUAAGAUUAUUGAUCCAGAAGAAAAUAUGGAAACAAAGAAGGAAUCAUCAAAGUCCUACAAAGACACAAAGAACAAGUUCCCCGAAGCUGACUUUAAGUUCUCUAAAGUGCGACUGCUGGACAAUGGUAUAGACUAUCGGGUCACACCCCAAACUGAGGGUUCCGAUCUGGAUGCUUUUCUAGACCGAGGUGGCUUCCGGUCAGGCGCCAUUUUGGAGGAAGUGAGAGGAAUCCGGGACAUUUUGGAAAAAAACGAGGAGAAGAAACGUGCUCGGGAUGAGAGGGAGCGCUACAUCCGAGAGUGGCGUGUCAUAGCGUGUGUGACAGACCGCUUCUUCUUCCUCAUCUACGUCAUUAUCAACAUCGUCGGCAUCACCGUCAUCUUCAAAGGACAGUGACACUGCUCUGCACCCAGGACGGCAAUAUUCUCAGUUGUGUCUUAUCCUCGUCUGUCUGUGCGUUGCUGCGUCAGCAGCAGAACCAUCCGGCCUUGUACUUCAUGCUGUCUCCAACCAUGUUCAUCCCAAACAAUGGGACACUGCACUGUUAUCACAGAAGUCUCGUAAACGUUGACUGUGCAAUAUUCAUGGAACUAUAAACAUUGACACGUGCGGGGAUACUAAGCUGAAAUGUAAUCCCCAGCACUGCUUACAAAUGUUACAUUAUAGAUAGUGAUGGGUAUUUGAAGCUGAGUUUUUUGUGGAAGAGUACUCGAAGAACAUCACGAAUACUCAUUGUUGUACACAUUGAAGAUGAUAUAGGGCUGCUGCUGUAUAUAAGUAGCGGAUUGUCACGGACGCACGCUACUGGUCUUUGGACACGUUCAUGCACACACUGUAAAACAAACAAUGAUAUAACAAUGAUAUAUGUACCCUGUAUAUAUGUGUGUGGGCUUAAUACGUCCGUAAUAAAACGCGUGUGUGUGCGAGAGGGAAGGAGAGAGUGUGUAUUUGUGUGUGGAAGGGAAGGGCGGAGAUAGGGAGGAAAAUGUGGGUGUGGUUUGGAGGAAGUAUGUGUGUGAGUGAUAGAAAAAAAAGAUAAAGACAGUUUGGGACUAAACCUGUGUGAAAGUGUGUGUUAUGUUGUUUUUGUUUUGCCUUUAUAUGUGUGUGUGUGUGCGAACGCGUGUGUGUGUUUUAGUUUUCACGUGUGUAUUGUUCGCUAGCCUACAUCACGUCAAUGUGUGUCAACCUACAUGAUAUUACCUAGCUUACAUCAUGUUCACUGCAUGCAAGCCACAUGAUAUCUGUGGCUGUGCUGGCUAACACUGUGGACACUGUGAACUAGCUAGCGUGUCGCACACUGUGUGCAUUACAGACUGAUUAACAAGGAAUUCCAAGUUACGUUUUACCACUCAAGUUCAACACGGGUUGUUUAUAGAUAUACUGUACAUCGAAGAACUGGUACCCACAAGCUUUAUAUACAUGUUGUGGCGUAGUGGUUUGCACUAAUGUUGUUCAUGUCACCGUUGGCGUUGUCCGGUUGGGAGCUUACAGCAGCAUUGACAGUUUAUAGGGCUGACUGACGUAGUGCAUGGGUGGAGUGGAGGGACGCAAGAUAGACUGGUACCAGGACGACGCUGCUCCAGCAGAGAGGGUGUCAGGACGUACUCGACAAGCACAUGGAAGCAUUCUGUACUGGCAUUCUGUACUAGCAUAGGGGUGUGAGGACAUGUUGUACUAGCAUAGGGGGUGUCAGGACAUUCUGUACUGGCAUAUGGGGUGUCAGGACAUUCUGUACUGUGUGGUACAGGGUGGAUGGUGCUACAGACGGACUAGUGACGCUGUGUGGUACAGGGUGGUUGGUAGUACAGACGGACUAGUGACGCUGUGUGGUACAGGGUGGUUGGUGGUACACACGGACUAGUGACGUUGUGUGGUACAGUGGUUUGGUGGUACACACGGACUAGUGACGCUGUGUGGUACAGGGGUUUGGUGGCACACACGGACUAGUGACCCUGUGUGGUACAUUGGUUUGGUGGUACAGACGAGCCAGUGACGCUGUGUGGUACGGUGGUUUGGUGGUACAGACGAGCCAGUGACGCUGUGUGGUACAGAGGUUUGGUGGUACAGACGAGCCAGUGACGCUGUGUGGUUUAGGAUGUGUGUUUUAGUAAAGACAUACAUUCGUCAUAGUGAGACUCCACAGACAGUCAAUGAAGCUCAGAAGGACAACGCCAUCUAAUAGAAAGGCUAGAUUGUACACAGGAGUUUGACGGGAUGGAAUGUGAGGCGACUGUGAGAAUAUAGGAAAUACGGAGGGGAGAGUGACAGUUCUGACUGAAAGUAAACUAAGGUUAGGACGAAAUAUAGAUACUGGGAAACGAGCUGCGAUCAUCAUGAUACAGAAAGCAGGCAUGAAUCGAAGUACAGGCGUGCAUGAAUGCAUUAGCAACGAAGGACAUUUGAAUGACAAUGUAUUACUAUUUAGAAUCGUUUUAAGCCUUGUGCAUCUAAAGCAUUGGACGUGUGUGACAUAUGCAAAUAUAUGUUGAUGUAAUGCUAUCAAACGUGACUAUAUGCAAACACUGAGAAUGGUAGUGCUUUACUACCAUUAACCCUUGCCCCGUCUUCGUCUAGAAUGAGUGAGUGAUUUGUUAAAGGACGCCGCUUUGAACAGUACUGAAGUUGCAUCUCGGCGAGUUUCAGUUAGUGGGGAACCAGAAUGGCAGACACGACGGGUACAAACUGGUGGAAUCCAAAAGCAAAAGGGCCAUGAUCAUAAGCGGGCGAAUCCUAAAUUCAGAUCCCCGAACCGCGGAUCCUGGCAGCUAGGGUACGCAACUCCACGCAGGUCGUUUCUAGUUGUUGACCACUGGUUCCUCAACGCCACUCCAUGUCUAGUCCUUCCUCGUACGGAUAACACUCUAUUUUAGUACCGAGAUCCUUAAAUGUACGGUAGUCGUCACUGCAUCCUAUUUUUGUAUUAACUGUCUUGUAGAACUAAUUGCAUUGUUCCCCUAUAGCUCAUCUUGUACUGCACCAGAUGUUUGAUGACUUCCUCAUCGUAAGUGAUUUGUCCGUAUAGCCUGCAUUGUAGACAAAGCAAAGGCAUGUGUUCGUUUCAAUCGAUGUCAUUAUUAGAGCUGUUUCGACUUCAUUUGCCUGAUGUAAUGAGUGUUUCAAUGUAGAAGUGGAGUGUUUUCUCUGCACCCCCUCCCCUUGACGGCAGGCCUGACUUAGGGCGAUAGGUCAUUUGGUGUUAGGGUCGGGGCACUAUGGGUCGGCAGGAUAACUAAUGACUCUCGCUUCCCGACCUCUCGGCGGCACAUAGGUAUUAUACCACAUGACUUAUGGCACGAGUUCAGCAGAGACUACGCCUAGCCGAGGAAGGCGGUUGCUUUUAUCUUCAGCUAAUCGUAAUUGGUUGUUUUUGUGAAGCACUGUAUGUUGCUUGUACCGCCCCGUAGCCUGUCCGGGCUGACAGCAAUAGCCGGCUGAGCUCUAGGUUGUCGAUGUCUCGUAUAUAUCACUCUGUAAUAGUACACUGUUCGAGCUGCACCUCGUCAUCUGCAUCACGUUCACUGUGACCUUGUAACGACCAGUCGCUCUAUGUAAUAUGCAGGCCAGUUCCAACGAUUCUUAUAUCAAUAAAUAUGUAAAGCUAC